UCGCUCUCGCUUUCUCUUUCGCCGCACUCCAGUCGGCGUUGCGCUUUCGGCACACGCACCUCCCGCGGUCCCCAGGAAGCCCAGCCACGCCAGCCGAGGACAGGCAGAAGUCCGUCCGGCCCCAGGCCCCCCGAUCCCGCGCCUGACACCGUGCUCGCCCUCGGCGCCGCCCCAGGUGACCCGCCCGGAGACCCUGCGGCUGCAGCUGGGCGCUGAUCGCUCGCCUCCCUCCCCCGGCCAGAAGAUGUCCCAGGUGCUGCCCUACAGCGAGGAGAAGCUCGGCCCCUAUGGCGACGGCGGCGGCGACGUGGGGCAGAUCUCCUUCACCUGCCGCCUGCAGGACACCAACAACUUCUACGCCGGCGGGCAGACCAAGCGGCCCCCCAAGCUGGGGCAGAUCGGCCGCAGCAAGUGUGUUGUUAUUGAAGAUGAAAGAAUUGACGAGGUGCUGAAAAACAUUUCUGAAAAGCCACCACCAGGAGUCUAAAUCUCUCCACAGAGACGCUGAGUAAAAGGAGGGGCGAGAAAAGAAUUUACCUUGUAAUACAUUAUCGGGCAAAUCAACAAACCCCACAAGCAAACUUCUAGCACCUGAAGGCGCUUCAUUUGCGAGCCUGUGAUCCACCUUGCAAACCCGCAAAAUUGUAUCUUAACAGCAGGCACAGAGGCAGAAGAGGUGAGGUGAGGAAGGCGAUUUUUCUCGUGUGCAAAAAAUAAACACAACCCGAAACCAGUCAAACCAGAAGCAACGAAAUAAAAUCCAUCACAAUUGACAUGCACUAGUAACCACUCAGUCGUCUAAAUUAAGGCCGAGGUCCUUUUUCUCUGGACGAUCAAUAUUGCACAAUUCUCAGUCUGGAUUUUUUUUUUAAAAAAAAAAUCCUUAAUCAAUGAAGCCGUGAUUUCAAAAACAGUAUUUUCUGAUCCUAGCAAACAUUGCUGAUUAUAGUUGUUUCAAAUAAGCACUUGUUUACAUGGUUAAAUUUUGCAAAAAGUUUCUUGCACUUGCAUAUACAAUGCGCUACGUUUCGAUUUUUUAAAUGUCUGUAUUCUUGGAUGUUAGGGAGGGGGGAAAAUAAUUAUCUAUAGUUAUAAAUAUAAAUAUAUAUUUAAUUCUAGUUACCUUUUAAAAUCUAGAAGGAAUGUAUGGAACCAAAACUUUUUUAAGGAAGGGAUUCUAGGAAGAAAGAUGUGUUUUUCUUAAUUUUUUGUUCCAAAAACAGAUUGUAAAGCUAAUAUUUCUCGACUGCAGCACGCAAACACUCUGAAGAUGGAGAAAUUUAAUUUUAUAUGUGAAAUGGGAGAGGAAAAUGAAACAAAACACACACACACACACAGCUUUUUCUAAUGACCACUUGCCUGUUAAUGUGAACAAUCUCUACUUUCUUUUUUAAAAUAUUGUGGUGGUUUAUUCUCUUUAAACAAACAAACAAACAAAAAGACAAAAAAAAUCAGUUGUAACAACAGGAGUGCCAAAUAUCUUAAAAUGCCAGAUUUAUUCUCCAUUUCUUAUUUUGUGACCCUGAGUCCAUGUAAAGUUGUAUUUUGUACCUGACUUUUGUUCUUUAUAAUAGGCUCUCAACUGACUUAUAUAGGUAUGUACACAUAUAUCUAUCGAUAGCUGACUUUUGGAAUCUUUGGGUUUUCUUUAUUCUUCUGAUUAUGAUUCAUAUUUUUUUGCAUGACAUGCAAAAGAAGAAAAACGUGCCUCUUGAAGUGAGGAAAAUAUCUAUUUUUUGCCGUUCCGUUUGCAACUCUUGAAUGAUCUUGCGAUGGGUACUGCUGUUUCCUUUUCUUAUAAAUAUUGUGUAGGUUGCAUUUCUAUUCUCUGCACAGGGCUAUUUCUGCAAUGUACAAUAAAAGACAGAAAAUGAUACCAUGACAA